AUGUUUUGCGGGCAGGGUCGCGGGCCGGCCUGGGCUGCCGGGUCGGCAGCGGAAGGGCGCGGCCGGGCGCCCCCGCUAGAGUCGAUGCUGGCGGCCCGGGGCCCGGAGGACGCGGAGAGCCUCCUGCGCGAGGCGGGCGCGCUGGAGCGUAAGCUGGUGGUGCUGCUGGAGGCCAACGGUGCGGGUGGAGAGCAGUACAACGGCCUGCGGCGCAAAGUGCGCAAGCACUAUGCGCAGCUCAUACUCUGGCACCACAAGGAGGCACAGGAACAUGAUGUGGAGGCGUCCCUGUGGAAGAAUGUGUACUAUAGACAGCUGGAGAUCCUGCGCCGCAGGAUCCGCACCACACAGCUUGCACUCAACAACAAUGACAAGCAGGAUGACAAGAUGACAGCAAAACUGAAGAAGGACGCUGUUGCCUUCCUCAAUUUGCUCGAUUCGGCGAAUUUUUUCUACAAAGGGCUCAUGAAGGAGCUUCAGGUGCGGCACGGGAGUGUGGGUGCCAUUGGCCACCCUGACGCCACCCCACCACCCUCAUUGCCAAGCAAUGAAAAGCCCUCAGUGGAUGUGCAUGCCACUUGUGGGAGAAUAUUGACGAUCCUGGGAGACCUGACCAGGUAUCGUGGUGAAGUAUCCCAGAAAUUGGCUGCAGAGGUGGACCCUGCUCCCCCGGAGUGGUUUUACAAGCAGGCCGCCAGGGUGUGGCCAGAGGGAGGGCAGCCGCUGAACCAGCUGGCGGUGAUGGCUCUCCACAAGCGAAAGCACCUUCAGUCGGCAUACUACUAUGCCAGGGCAUUGUCAAGCGAGCACCACUUCCCACAGGCACAUGGCAACCUGACGCAACUGUGGGAGAGGAACCAGAGGGCCUGCAACAAUCUGGCACAGGACGCUGGCGAUCCGAUCGGCCAUGGCCGGCCACUGUGCAUGGCGCUUGAGGGACUUGCACUGCGGAUCGAGAAGGUGGUAAUGAUGGUUUACGAAGGCCAGGUUUCAGAUGACUUCAAUUCCAGCGUGGAUGAUGUAGUUGCUGACGUGGUCUCGGUGCUGCGUGCUCCCGACUUCUAUGACGAGUUCAAGCAGAGCUCCCCCUCCUGCAACCCGAUGUUCCAGAUCGCAGUGUUGGCGAUCUUCGGCAUGCACUGCGCCUCCUCCUCCUUCCCUGGCAACCUGCCCCGCUCGUCGGGCACACGGUCCCAGGGCCCUCAGGGCCAGCGGCACGCACGCAGCCUCUUCCUGCACGUUGCAACAGCCCUGUUGUCCGCUGUUGGGUGGGGCUGCCAUGGCCGCGAUGUGGGUGCCCUCCUCCUUGGGCCUGCCUUUGUGAUCCUCUCCUGGUCCGUGCAGCACGUUUUCGACAUCUGUGGCGAUGUGGAUGACGACACGACGGCAGGGUUCUGGAUAUCUGUCGCACAGAUGGCGGCGUCUCUGACACAGCACCAGGCGCCAAAACCAGGAGAGGGCAGACGGCCGAUACCAGAGGAGCUUGAGCUGCGGAGCUUCCUGCCGCUGACGCAGGCAACGGGGGAUGUGGACUUUGACGUGCCGGUGUGGGAGGGGGAGCCCCUGGAGGCUGCACGUGGAAUGAAGCUGUGGGGGAAAUGCGAGCAGCUGGCGAGGACGCUGCACGGGCUGCUGCGCAGGAAGAGGGCAGGGCAGAGGAUGGCUGCGGCAAUGGAGCGCAUCGUUGUGGCUGUGCUGCAGUCCAGGGACCCAUCGGGCACCGGCGGUGGCAAAGACUCGUACGAGGCGCCUGCUGACUUCCCAGCGUCGCCGUGGGCCGUAAGCCAAGCUGGAGCGUCGCUGCUGGCCGGGGGCGCGUCGGCAUCGGUGGGCACCAGCGCCUGUUCGCGACUCGGCGGCUCAGUCAGCAGCCUGGAGUCAUCGGGCGUCACGUCCGGUGUGAUGCACGUGACGGGGGGCCUGAUGGGCGUGGCGCUCGAGGACGAGGACAUCGAGGGCGAGAUCGUGAUGUACAAGCCCUCCAUCGACGUCGUGCCCAGGUAUGUGUCCUGGAGCCCGACUACGCACCCCGCCAGCCACUGCCCCUCGCCAACGUCCAGCUCCAAGGACUCUUGUGGGCCGCUGGCUAGCCCCCCGGCCCGCCAGAAGACCAGGGGGCUCCCGGGCGCGGACCUCCGGGACCGGGCGCAGCGUGGUGGCGAGGACCUGGUCCCAUUGUGGGGCAGCAUGGAGGGGAGAGUGAAGGCGGAGUACGAGUGCAGCCAGGACGGGGAGGGUAAGCUGGUGAUCUCCCAGACGGGGAUCGACGCCACCCUGGGUGGCAGCCUGGAGAGCGGGCACAGCCAGGGGCUGCUAGGGAGGGACGGGGCUGGACUCCCUCUGUUGCUGUCGCCGGUGAAUCAGGACAUAGAUGGGGAUGAGGCGCAUGCUGCCCGCCAGCCAAGGGCAAGUGGCAAGGUGGGGUGUGAUGAGGCAGAUGAGGGGCAGGGUCGGGGGGAGGGGGGGCUGGGGGGUGGGAUAGGCGAGCACAUGGGGCUAGCAUCGCCUGCACGGGAGAAUGGAUCGAGGGGCGCGGGGAUGGGGCCGCUGUGUGGGGGCACGGAGGGAGACGGACUGGCGCGGGGGAAGCGGGCCGUGGACGGCAUCCUACAGGGGCAGGAGCUGUCGACGGUGAGCGUGGAGGUGGCGGAGACGGCGGCGGACGUCCUGAACGACGUCUUCCCCAUCAGCAGGGAGGACCUGAUCAGCCAGUUGAACAAGCUGGCGGCCAGGAGGCCGGUGGAGGGCCCCAAAGGACAGCCCUCCGAGCCCGACGCCAACCCCCCAAGCGCCCCCAGCGUCGGGGGAGAGUCCGCAGAGGCGUCCGCCCCUGCAGGGAUGCAAGCUGGCCCGGAAGAGCGUGUGGAAUUGCAGGGCAGGGGCUCAGCGGGAGCAGCGGCCCUCCCCGCCCCAUUGCCGGGCGUCCAGCAGCCUUACGAUUACUCCCCAAGCGACUCUGGGCCGCACGCAGUGGGCUAUGGCCAUGAACCUGGCGGCAGGGACGACCUGAUCGACCAGCUGAGCGAGCUGUACAUGAACCGGGGGGGCAACGACAUGGCCACGGGUGGCAUGCCGGCCGGCUUCGACCCUGUGGUGGGUGCCCAUGCGAGCCUGGCCUGCCCGCCACCCGCGGCGCUGCCCGCUUUUGCCGGUGUGCCCCCCGGCUUUCCGUUGGCUUCCUAUGUGCCCCCUGGAGACGCCCAGCUCCCCAUGCAGCCCCCGGGCCCGUUUGGCAACCCGGCUGCAAAUGGCAACUUCAACCAGGCCGGGCUGCCGAGCAUCGAGGCGCUCAGCACUGGAUCGGCCUUUGGGUACCAGGGCCAGGUGCCUGUGGGCCUGUCCACAGGGCUCCUUGGGGCCAACCCGAUGGGCGUGGCGUCUAUGCCCGAUCUCCAGAAUCCGCAUCUGCACGUGCACCUGCCACGCGGGCCGGUGCAGUCAGACCCAACGCCGCCGAUCCUGGAAGCUGUGCCCUACCUCUCCUCCGCCAUAGCCAACCUGAGCAUCGAGGGGGAGGGCUACAGGGGCCCCGGAAUGGGCGGCAGUCUGCCUGAGGAGGGGCUGCCUCCGGACAGGGUGACCGACCCAGGGGGCGGCAUCCUGAAGGUGGGGAUGUAUGCGGCCGGGGGCCAAUUGAGCAUGCCGUGCCCUGCCGCUGCAGACCCCUCGGCGCUCGUGGCACCGCCCUUCCCCGGGGUGGGGGCGUCGCUGGAGGCCGGCAGGCCCUGGAGCAGCAGCUGA